UCAUGUGUUCUGUUGUACAGAAUCUAGAUCUGAACGGUCUCCUCUGGCAGUAACCAGUCCUAAACUGCCACCGCUGCCCGUCCCCAAUAAACCCGCCCUUCAGCCGCCAUCGCCCAGCAAUGACCCGUCACAGGCCCUGAACCGGCCGCUCAUCCAGCCAUCCAUGCUGCUGACGGCCAGAAAAGCCCUCCAGCCUCCGUCCUCCUCCGCCCCGAAAGCCGCUCUGAAACCUCCUUCUCCGCUCACGACACCCAAACCAGCCCUGCAGCCUCCCGCGGUCCCCCCCAUCAAACCCCAGGCCCCGCCCACCGACCAGUCCCGCUCCUCCAACGGAUUCCACAACCUCCCGUCUCCACCAAUCGCUGAGCAGAGGGCGGAGCUUGGCACCUGGUUGGAGGUGGGUUCCAUGGUGGAAGUGAACGACCCGCCCCUUUUCGGAGUCAUUCGCUGGAUUGGACAAAUCAACAACAUCCCGGAACCAGUUGCUGGAAUCGAGCUGGAUCAGGAGUUGUCCGCCGCCACAGAUGGCAGUUAUCUCGGUGAACGUCACUUCCACUGUCCCGCUCACAAAGGCCUGUUCGUCAGACUGAGGAACUGCAGACGCGACUCCAGGUUUCCUGAGCCUGAGCUGCCCAUCAAUCAGGUCGACCGCUGCAACUCCAUCGCGUUUGCUAACUGGAGCAGUAAGCGUGUGGAGGAGCACACGCCUCCGCUGUGCGGUCCGGACGCCCGUCUGACGUACGAGGGCUUCAAGAAAGGCAUUCAGGGUCACCUCAACUCCUGCUACCUGGACGCGUCUCUCUUCAGUGUGUUCUCGUGCUGCAGCUCGUUCGACUGGCUGCUCUUUUGGCCGGUUGGAGCUCAAAACAAUCCCAUCAGUCAAAGCGCUCAGGAUCUGCUGCGCUGCGAGAUCGUCAAUCCUCUGCGCCGGUAUGGAUACGUGUGUGCCAGUAAAACCAUGGCUUUACGCAAACUACUGAAAGAAGAAACAGCCGAUUCAGGAUUUACCAACGAGGAGAAAGAUCCAGAGGAAUUCCUCAACCAGCUUUUCCUGCUUCUCCAGGUUGAGCCGCUUCUGAAGAUCAGGUCUGUGAGUCAGAAAGCACAGGAGUGUUUCAUCUAUCAGCUCUUUCCUCCGGCGUCUCCUCCGCUCUCUCCGCUCGUGUCUCCGGCCGCGGGGCUCCUGCGUGUCUCCAGCGUUCAGGCGUUACUCGAGUCCUCCUUCAUGCACUCGGGACUCAAGCUCACGGAGGCUCCGUCCUGCUUGCCGCUCCUCAUGCCCAGAUUCGGCAAAGAGUUCAAGAUGUUUGACGCCAUCCUGCCCUCGCUGAGCCUCGACAUCACCGACCUGCUGGACGAGACUCUGCGGCAGUGCAGUAUCUGUCAGUCGGUGGCGCAGUGGGAGUGUCUGCAGUGUUACGAGGAUGUUGACAUCACACCUGGACAGUUAAAACAGUACUGCAACACCUGUAACACACAGGUUCACACACAUAAGAAGCGCCAGACGCACCGGCCGGUGGAGGUGCGGGGGCCCCUGGGCUGCUGGGAAGGGCCGGUUCACGGGGCCCGGCAGCUGAUGGAUCUGUUCGCCGUCACCUGCAUCGAGACGAGUCACUAUGUGAGCUUCGUCAAACACGGACCCCAACCCACGGACUGGCUGUUCUUCGACAGCAUGGCCGACCGAGAGGGUGAAAUAAAAAUCUGA